AUGGUGACUUUGAAUGGUAGUGAUGGCAGUGUUCAUCGUGAUAGUCGUGAGUCGUCCCAUAAUGUCAGUCAUGGUAGCCAUACACAUGACACUCCAUACAUAACUCAUCCUUCAAGUCUCUAUGGAGAAAAGAAUUCUUCACAUCCAAAUGCUGCAAGCUCAACAGUAGCUAUCAAAGUAAAAUGGUGGUGUUCGGCGCAGAAAAAGGGUCAACAAUGGCCAAAACUAACUGCUGGCAGAAAAAAAAAGGCCAAAAACCUCGCAAAUCCUUACAAAUCUAUUCUAAAGUGCAACAAAAACCCCGGGUAUCAUAGAUCGGCGCCAGCCGAGCCUCGCUAA